CACGAAUUUUAAUCCCCUUAUCCUUGGUUUCCUCUCACUGGUUCUCCUCUUAUCCUCCUCAAUUCUGCUACAAUGGCUUCUACAUUAUCCACAGUUACCCUUCGUUCUCCUUCUCCCAUUUCUCCCUCUACCGCUAACUCCACGUACGCUUCAAUUUCUUUUCCCACCAAAACCCUAGAACUUCCCAUUCGCACUUCCAAACUCCACCACCGCCGAGCCACUUUCGUCCGUCCUCUCGCCGCCGUCGAAGCACCGGAAAAGGUCGUCCAGCUCGGAGAUGAAAUAUCCACUCUAACCCUCGCCGACGCCCAGAAACUCGUCGAGUACCUUCAGGAUAAGCUUGGAGUUUCAGCCGCAUCCUUCGCUCCCGCUGCCGUCGUCGCCGCCCCUGGUGGAGCAGCCGCAGAUGCUCCAGCUGUGGUUGAGGAGAAGACGGAAUUUGACGUAGUCAUCGAUGAAGUGCCGAGUAAUGCUAGAAUUGCGACUAUUAAGGCUGUUAGGGCUUUAACAAGUUUGGCUUUGAAAGAGGCUAAGGAAUUGAUUGAAGGAUUGCCUAAGAAAUUCAAGGAGGGGGUUUCCAAGGAUGAGGCUGAAGAAGCUAAGAAACAGCUCGAAGAAGCUGGUGCUAAAGUUUCUAUUGCUUGAAUAAAUUUGUGGUAAAUGUUCAUUCUUAUUUGAUUUUGAUUAUCUGGGCAAAUUACUGUAAGUUUUUGCAAGAGAAUUCAGUUGUUAGAUAGUUGUACCCAAUUUUCUAAAAUCAAUAUUUUCACCCCUUUUGCUUA